AAUGUCAUCUUACCCGUUGUUGAUACGCCAUUUUUAAUGCCGCUUUUUUCUCGAGUUAUUAAUUUUGUGGACUAUCGAAUUGUAUCUUGUUCUUAGGACUUGAACCGUAAAAGCCUAUUUAACUUCCGAAGGCCCCAAAUAUUGGUGACAGUUUGAUUAAUAAAUAAGUGGUUUUAGGAAAUUGUACAAACAUGUCGGAUAACGAGGAAAUUGAGGCUCCUGUCCGGAAAACUCGUUCAACCAGGUCUGCCAGAGGUGCAAAGACCCCCAAGAAAAGCUCUGCCAAACCAGCCAGUCGCAAGACCCGUGGAAAAAAAACAACUGUUGCAGAAGUAGAAGUUACUGAUGAAGAAUUGGAUCAAAUUAGUGAUGCUGAUCAGGUUGAUAAAAUGGUCACACUUCAAGAAGAUACUAUACUAGAGGCAUCUGAUAAUGAAGGUAAUGUAAAUGUCACAAAAAGUCAAGAAGAUGAACUUUUGAAUAGUGGAGAUGAGGCAGAAAAAGAAAAGCAGAAUUCAAAUGAUGCUGAAGACAAUCCGCUAUCUAUAACUAAUGAAGUUACCAUGGUAGAGGAAGGUAAGAAUCCAGUUAAAUGUGCUGAAGAAACUGAAAUUGAAGAAGAAACAAAGCAAGUUGAUGAAGAAGCAACAGUUGAAAGUAGAAGUCCUGAAUCUGAAUACAAAAUGAAUUUAGAUGAUAUUGAAACAUCCAAUGAUAUUGAAACAAAUGAGAAUGGUCUGUCUGAUAUUAUUGAGUCUGAAAAAAUGGACACUGCUGAGGCAGACAAUGCUGAAAACCAUGUAGAACUAAAGGAAGAUAAUUCUUUAGGAAAUGAAGGAAUUGGAAAGAAGAUUGAGGAGGAAAUGGAUAGUACUGAACAAAGUGUUCCAAAUACAAAUGGUGAACCGGAAGCAGAAAACAUAUCAGAUGAUGAAUUACCAGCCCCUGCCCCUGUAAAAGUUCCUGAAACUGAAGAGGUCUCAGAUGAGGAACUUCCAGGACCUAAGAGAGCUGAAUUGCCAGCUGAUACUGAGGUUGUAUCUGAGGAUGAAUUGCCCAGCUCAAAAAAAGAGGGUGAGGAGGAAGAAACAUCUUCACCCAAAAAGGAGAGUUCAAAAAGAAAGUUGAGUGAAAGUGGUUAUGAUCCAACAUCUCCCACUUCAGAAAAUGAUGCUCCCUGUAAAAAAUCCAAGGAAGAUAAAGAAGAGAAGGAAAAAGAAGAAGUAGCUAAAGCUAAACCCAAAAAAUUGCCUGAAUUGGAUAAGUACUGGAAAGCUGUUAAUGAUGACCCAACUGAUUUUACGGGAUGGACCUAUUUGCUACAAUAUGUUGAUCAAGAGAAUGAUAUGGAAGCAGCGAGGGAAGCAUAUGAUGCAUUUUUGUCACAUUAUCCAUACUGUUAUGGUUACUGGAGAAAAUAUGCUGAUUAUGAAAAAAGAAAGGGAAAUAAGAAAAAAUGUGAAGAGGUAUUUGAACGAGGUCUCAAAGCCAUUCCACUCUCGGUCGAUUUGUGGAUUCAUUAUUUGACUUAUGUUAAGAGUUCAAGAGGAGAGGAUGAAGAUUUUGUACGGUCCCAAUUUGAACGGGCCUUGGCAGCCUGCGGCCUCGAAUUCCGUUCCGACCGUCUUUGGGACUCCUAUAUUAAGUGGGAAACCGAGGGUAAACGUCUUCAAAAAGUGACAGCUCUUUUUGAUAGACUGCUCGCCACUCCAACUCAAGGUUAUACUACGCACUUCGACAAUUUCCAAGAGCACGUGUCCUCCAAUCCGCCCAAUAAAGUUCUGGAUGUGGACGAAUUUAUGGCUCUGCGGAAAGAAGUUCGAAGUUUGUUAAAGAGCGAGGAGAAAGCGGCAGAAAACGCUGAGCUGCCGCCUGGAGAUGAAGACUCAAAGCUUUAUACCACUGAAGAAGAGUCCAAGAGUAUUAGAGAACGAAUAGUUUCAAUUAGAAGGAAGGUACAUAAGAAUACUGUAAAUGCAGUGACUGCUAGAUGGAAUUAUGAAGAAGGGAUAAAACGACCCUACUUCCAUGUAAAACCGUUGGAAAGAUGUCAGCUUAAAAACUGGCAAGAUUAUUUGGAUUAUGAAAUUGAGCAGGGUGAUCGAACAAGGAUAAUAGUGCUGUUUGAACGAUGCCUUAUAGCAUGUGCUUUAUACGAAGAAUUUUGGCUUAAGUUUGUAAACUAUUUGGAAGGUCUGAAAGAUCCCGAGUAUCAGGCUAAAAUAAGAGAUGUGUAUGAACGAGCUUGCACGAUUCAUCAUUUGAAAAAACCAAAUUUGCAUUUACAAUGGGCCGCGUUCGAGGAAAUGUCGGAUAACAUUAAUCGAGCAGCGGAAAUACUAGUCAAUUUGGAAAAACAAGUUCCAAAUGUGUUGCAAGUUGCUUACAGAAGAAUAAAUUUGGAAAGGCGGCGAGGAGAUUUUGAAAAGAGCACCCAGCUAUUUGAACAUUACAUAAACAAUUCUAAAAAUAAGAUGAUUUCUAGUAAUAUUGCUAUCAAAUAUUCUAGGUUUACUUUUAAGAUCAUGAAGAACUAUGAAAAGGCUCACGAGAUACUAAAAUCAGCUAUAGCCAAGGAUCCAAAUCCAAGGUUGUACUUACAACUUAUAGAUCUUAUUCUGCAAAAGGAUGAGUUCAAUGAGGAUGAAAUAGUCUCUGUUUUUGAUGAGAUUUUAGCGAGAGAAGGCGGCGAACCUGAUCAAAAGGCAUUAUUCGCUCAAAGGAAAUUAGAAUUCCUUGAAGAUUUUGGGUCCAGUAUAGAAGCAGUACAAGCAGCCUAUGAGCAGCACCAAAAGUUACACAAACUUGUCAAAGAUUCCAAUUCAAAGAAAAAGGAGUCCAAGAGCGAAGCUUCUAGUUCAUCAGUAAGCAAAAAGGACGGUAAGUCUGCUGCCUCUUCACAAUCACAGUCAUAUGGCAAUUAUCAGUACAGUGGCUCAAGUGCAAGUGCACCACCGUAUCAAUAUGGAACAGCAGGUCAGCAAGGACAGUACAAUUAUACCCAGUAUGGACAAGGAGGUGAUCAGUACCAAUAUCAGAACUGGCAACCAUAUCAGCAAGGUGGUUACGGAGGAUACAAUCAGUGGGGUGGUUAUACUGGAGGUUAUGGUUACUAAAACGCUAAAAGAAUCAGGUCAUCUAACUUGAAUUUCCGAUUUUUUAUUUUUCCAGAUUGUGCUGGAUCUAUGAAAACUGUGUUGGAAUGUGUUGAUUUUACUUUUUCACGUGUGUAAAAACAGCAAAUUUUUGUAAAUUUUUUUCAUAUUUUAACCUAGGACUUAUUGUGGAAGGCACAUUCUGUAUUAUUGCAUUAAUUGUAAUUAUAGGAUACGAUCAGUUGAUAUAAAAUAAAAAGUACAUUGUA